AUGCAUGAUGGAUUUGAAAUAUGUUUACUAACAUUGGAAACCUUUAGGGACCUUCUUUCCACAGACAUUGAUAAGCAAGCUGAGAGACAGGGGGAUAUUAAGGUUGAUGCCCAAGAUGUUAGCUUUGAGGGCAGUGCAAAGGCAAACAGCAGCCUCGAGAUCAAGAAGGCCUUGGAUGACACUACAGCAAGGUUGUACUGGGGGCGUGCCAAUGAUCCUAAGAAUAAAAUUUUGGGUGGGAUGGUUGGUUUGUUAACUUAUCUAUCUUUGAAUGAGUAA